UUAUAUAAGAGACCAUCCAUUUAGAAUGUUAUUUUGUGACAAACAGAUGACAGUCAUCACGAUUAUGUAACCUCGGCAAAAUGUCUUAAUCCGGACUCACUGCAAUCAUCCCUUAUUCUCAGAAUGUCAACUGCUCAUCAUGAUAAAGAUGGCCUAUGUCCAAUGUCUGAAAAUAGGACAAGUACAAUAGGCUAUACAGAAAUACACUAAGAAGUGGUUGAUUCCCCCUUUAAAUCCGAUUCAGUCUAGGACAAUGCAGCCAAACUCAGAUGUUGCCAAAAUAGGGAGCGACGAUAUUGACGUAGAAGGAAGCGCUGCUCUAGCUUUCUGUUUGUGGGGCGGGGCGUGAUCAGUGGACGCAGGGGUUUUGCACUUUCCGGUAAAUUCACGCUCUUUCGAUUUUUGCUGGAAUUAUAUUUUCCGGACAAAGGGGAUUUGUUUGUAAAUGACAAUCAUGUGAUGCACGGAUUCCUGCUGCUGUCCAGUUGUAACUACAAACCCAUCCGGAACACUGAGGAUUUUAGUCGCUUCGAUUAGCCUAGGGACAACUGUAAAGCAAAUGUCGAGGGUCGACUAUUUUAGUUUCCUUUACAAAUCGCGAGAAAUCCAGUCAAUUUAAGCUGCUAUUAAAUAAUAUUGCAUUCAUUUGAUUGGUCGACCGACCUGCUGCAAGUUAGAUUUCUCUGGCCGACUGUUGAUGUGCUCAAUUGUAGCCUAACAUCCAACUUUUAACAUUGUACAGUUGUAACCUCUCAUAUAGUCACAGUAGUAUGAAACAGUAGCGCCGCGUGAAUGUUUAUUGAUGCAUGAUUAACUCGUAAUUUCAACUCGGGAAUUCUGCUAAGGUAGAACCUCUGGAUUCUACUGUAAACUGUUCAAUAGAACAUAAUUUAUGGAUAUAGUUGUUCCUGCUUUACAUCCGGUUUGAAAGAAGGGACUUUUUUCUAUGGCAGGAACACAUCAUUCUGUCCCUUUCAUUGGUUAUUGAUCCAAUAGUUGACUGUCAAUAAGCAUUCGAAGGCACUGGUCUAUUCACAUUCUCUGACUAGGCUACACCACAUUAUCGAAAGGCAAGUGCAGCUCACUAGAACUUUGCACAGCCCUUUGGCACUUUCCAUGUUUUGCUGUGCCCUGGUAGACUAGAUAACAGAGGGAGAACAUGGAAGAUGAGAUGUUUGAGCAGCUCAUGUAUGUCCUGAACCAACUGGUGACAUGGAUCGCUGCGGGGGCCAUGGUGUUUGGUGGAGUGCUUCCUUACAUCCCCCAGUACAGGGACAUCAGACGGACACAGAACGCAGAGGGAUUCUCCACCUAUGUCUGCCUCGUCCUACUGGUCGCCAACAUUCUGCGUAUACUGUUCAGGUAAGUUUAGCCAUAGAUGUUAUUCAAAUGUGCAUUGAUGCAUGUGAAGGCUGUAGCCUAAGUACAUUUGAAGAACAGACAGACUUCAAUUAUUUGGCCCUUGACAAUUUAAUUUACAGUGUUUGAAAAUGAUACUGCCUCUCAUGGAAUGGUUGAAUUGGUUUGGAUAGCACAGUUUUGGUUUGGUUACAACAGAAGCCUAUUGUCUCCAUUCAGUAUAGUAUUACUGCCCAGGAGCAUGUGCCCUGACUACUCCCUCCCUCCCGGUCUUCUCUUUCCAGGUUUGGACGCUACUUUGAGACGCCACUCCUGUGGCAGAGCAUUAUCAUGAUAGCCACCAUGUUGAUCAUGCUCAACCUGUGUACCAACGUCCGCGUGGCCACCGAACUCCAGACUAAGCGACGUUCAUUCACAGGUCAGAAUCCUCCUUCCUGGCCUGUCCCUACUCACCUCUUUACAGGUGUCUUUUACCUCCCGGUUCCUAGCUCCUCUUUAUAGCUUUGUAAUUAGUUUAUAACCUCUGUUCACGUCAUGGUGUGAACUAUUGAUAGUGCUUGGUUUUAUCACCAACCUCUGGAGAUGUGUGUGUGUUACACAUUCCUUGGUUGCCCAAUUGUCCUUCCUCUCAAAGGAGCUCCUUCAUGUUCAUAAUAUAUUUUACAGCUUAAACAAGCAACUCAAAUCUGACUGCACACACACUCACAGAGAUACACACCCAGCUAGCCUCAAGGGGCUGCACAAAGCUCCAAAUAAUUUAUGACCAUCUAAACCACCCCUGUGCCAUGGGGUGCAUUCAGCAGGGCAUAAUGUUGUAGAAUGUUCAGCUAGAAAUGUGUUAUGUAGAUCAAACAUGCCUCUCUGACAUGUAGAAUAAGGAAUUAUGUUGGCUCUUCAUGACAUUUCUAUCUGCAACGUUUGACAACAUUUACCUACUGAACGUGGCCUUGUACUGUACAACUCUAGUUUGUCUUUGUAAUAGGAAUUUCCAUGUGAAUAAAAUAGUUUGCAAAAAGGAGAACAAUAUCCCACAUAUGAGCAGAGAAAAUGGCUACCUGCCCUUAAUAUACUAAUCAGACAGCACUGACCACAUGUUCUGUAAACACCAGCCCAAGAGGCUUGUAGGAAAACAUAAAGCCAGUGACUUUGUUAGCGGCUACAGAAUCACACAGUGUCACAGAAUACACCAAUAAUCAGUGUGUCCUCGGCCCUUGCACCUCCAGUCUGGCGUCAAACACUAUCAACAGAUAUGAGAACAAUCCAUAAUAUUCACACUAUUAUGGAAAAUUAAGUAGGGGGCUGUCAAUGUUUUGACCCCUAGUUGCACCACACUUUCCCAAAACAUAUUUAUGUUCAAUGUGUGAAUGUAUGUAUUUAAACUGUAGUGCUUUGUGUUUUAUGUUGUAAAUGUGUCUGCAACUUUGUGUGCUGCUAUUUUGGCCAGGUCUCUCUUGUAAAAUAGAUUAUUAAUUUCUAAUUCAACCCGCACCUUGCACAAACAGAACACUGGCAGAAUCAUGUGUAUUAAAGAAAGCAAAAAUAUAGCAUGCUAAACAUUCAUUUAACUUUAUUCAUCCUAAAUAUUCCCAUUGCAGUCAUAACAGGAUGUUGAUAAUCUGUUUGCGGAACUAGAGUGCGCUGGCUGCUGUAUCUGGUUCAUAACUCCCUUCCUCAGCCUGUUGGCUGUGUACACUGACUGACUGACCUACACCAGUGUUUCCCUGCCAACGGAAAACUAGAACAUUGAAUGCUCAGUGCUGCCAUCAUGGGGCCUCAAUCCAAAGUUUGGUAACCAAUCAAAUUGACAGGAUCAGGGUAGGCGGGUCAGAUGAUUUGAGAUAACAGGCUGUUUAUGAUUAGUCAAAUGUUGAGGUUUCAACUCUGUCUGACGUAAAACGAACAUUGAAGUUUAAACUCUGGCCAAAUGCUGAGGUUUCUACUCUGGCCAACAGUUUAGGUUUCAACUCUGUCCGACCCAAACGUUGAUGUUUCAACUCUGUCUAACUUAAAACAAACGUUGAGGUUUCAACUCAGUCAGAUCCAAAAGUUGAGGUUUCAGCUAUGUUAAUUACCACAGGGACGUUAUUGGGUUGUCCAUUUGAAAUCACUAACCGUACGUCAAGAAGAAACCUCUCCUCACUUCAAACUGUGGGUCAGUGCUGGUCUGUGGCACAAGCGAAACCAAGCUCUCUUUUCUCUUCUUAUUUUGUUUUUUGUCUGUAGCAACAGUCAGUAAGGACGAGGAGAUCAAAGUCCCUAAGAAGUUAUUUCUGGGUAGGUACUGUCUCUCUCUCUGCCAUCCAGUCAUUCAUCUGCCUUCCUCUUUUAAUCUCUCACUCUUUCCUUACCGCAUGGUCUUUUAAAGUGUUUUACUUGUGUGGCACUCCCUCUCUUAUUGCUCCAUUCACAGUAUUAACUGCCACUAACUCAUCAGCAUCAUCAUGCAUUGACCUGGCAUGGAUCCUCCUGCAUCGCAUGUGAUCCUUCCUGGUUAUAUCUCCAUUUGUGAUUAAUAAAGAACCAAUGUAGUUGUAAUAGUGUUCGCAUGGAAGUUCACAAUGCGUGUUGGCUAUAGUCAAUAGCUUGAAGUGUUUCAGUUUGUAAAAAUCUUUUUAUGCUACUGAUAUUAGUUUACUAUAGCAUGCAUCUACUGUAUUGCAGUGGUUGUGCAUGGAAAUUGAAUUUUCGAGUUGUCUGAUUGUGAUGACUAUCAGAUUCUUACUCAGAAAAUAAAAAUGCAUGCAUUCUAGACUCCUAUAUAUUGAUUAACCAUAUGUAUUAAGACUUUGAUUGUUGCUAUUUACUUACUAUGUUAUUGACCUUGAUAGACUAACUGCUCGGCUAUUUUGUGGAUGGAAAGUCAUACCUUGACUAUGUUUUUUGGUUUGAAAUGAACUAUGUUCAGUAUUAUUUUGAUAGUACUACAACAACAAUUGUGUUAAAUGCUGCAUGUGAAAGCUAAUGUGCACUACCCACUGCCCUCUGCUCUGUGGUCCUGCCUGGUAAAACAAUGAUGAUGACUUGGAUUCACACCAGCUUGCUGAAGAUGCACAGACAACUCACAGAUGUGACAGUUUAUGAGACUGUAGUCUUCCUAACUCUGUCCUGGUUAUUCUACCACUAGCUUUGCCCUUUGUUUCAACUCCCUCUUCUUGUUGCUGGAUGGCUCCUUCACUCAGGCAGCUGAGAGGGGCUAAUGACCAGCUGAUAGAAUGUUGAGGAAUCACAACCUUUCAAUCAAUUGUUCCUGUUUCAUUGUGCUGUGAACUUUAUGUGAAUAGCGUGUGAUGCCCAUCAUAAGUAUGAAUUUACUAACAAUGAAUUGCAAUGUUGUAAUUAGUUCUGGUUAACGCUGCUGCUUUGUAGUUGGGGAGCAGUUGCUAUCGUCCAUGUGGACAGUAGGUGGUGCUGGAUAAUAACAAUGCAGUAAUGCUCUGUGUUGUAUAUUGGCCGGAGUCAUCACUGUCAACUUCUCAGAACUGCUAUCCAUCACACACUUUGUGUUCACUCAUCUUCUCUCCGUGCGUCAACCUAAGUAACAUAAUUCAAAAAUCCCCAUCAAAAUCUGUCUGUUUAAUUUGAUUGUGCAUUGUAGAAUCCAAUGAUAGUUGUAGAGAAAGGCUGUCGGAGAAAUUCAUUUCAGCAAUCAAAAGGAUUUUGCCACCCUUUAUUCAGCCUCUGUGUUUGGAAUUGAGUGUUGUGUGUUUGUGUCAUUGGGAACUGGGAGUUGACUGGCGGAGUUGCUGCCAACUUCUUACAACUUAUCAAAUUGUUUCCAUCCAGCGUGUUGUACUAUAGCACAACUCCAGUGGUAUGGUAAGCUGGCUUUCUUCUUAUCACAGUAGAAAAAGCUUAAUUCUGGCUUCAACUUAUCUCGUCAAAAGCUGGCAUUUUGUGUGCCACAAAUGUACGUUCACGGUUCUGGCCUGUACAUGAAACAGUUGGCACUUGGUAGCAGAACCAGAGUUCAGUUGGCACGUUUCUUGGCAUUGGAGCUGGAUCCAGUGCCAGGCUGUGUUCUCAUUGGCCUCUUCCUGGCUUUGGGCUGCCCAUAUCUGGAUCUGGAGCUCUGCCUCCCUGAUUCUUUGUCUCCCAGACCCUCUUCCUCUCCUCCCUGGUUCAAUCUCCCUCUGCCUCACUAUUUGCCCCUUCCUCUUCCUCCUUGGCCUGUGCGGCCUCUCUCAGCCGUCUUGUUCCUGGCCUCUCGCAGUCUCUCUGGCGAUCGAUCACCUCUCCCUGUAAACCUUAAUUAGCAUUGACAGAACUCCAUGUUUCCUAAUUGCAGCGCUGCUCAUAUGUCUGUUCCAUAGACAUAGACUAUAUAUACAAAAGUAUGUGGACACCCCUUCAAAUUAGUGGAUUUGGCUAUUUCAGCCAUACUCGUUGCUGACAGGUGUAUAAAAUCGAGCACACAGCCAUGCAAUCUCCAUAGACAAACAUUGGGGCUCACAGAACAGGACCGCCGAGUGCUGAAGCGCAUAACACGUAAAAAUUGUUUGUUGAGAUUGGUGUGGAAGAACUUGACUGGCCUGCACAGAGCCCUGAUCACAACCCCAUCGAACACCUUUGAGAUGAAUUGGAACGCCGACUGCGAGCCAGGCUUAAUUGCCCAACAUCAGUGCCCGACCUCACUAAUGCUCUUGUGGCUGAAUGGAAGGAAAUCCCCGCAGCAAUGUUCCAACAUCUAGUGGAAAGCCUUCCCAGAAGAGUGGAGGCUGUUAUAGCAGCAAAGGGGGGACCAACUCCAUAUUAAUGAGAUUUUGGAAUGAGAUGUUCGACGGGCAGGUGUCCACAUACUUUUGACAAUGUACUUUAUGUGUCGGUUGCUCGUCUGUCUGUUCCAUAGACAUAUGGGUCUGUUCAUCUAUUGAUUAAUCCAGGAGGAGAUAUGAAGGAGAGGCAUGUUGUAAUGCACUAUUGAUGAAAGGAUGAAAGAGUACAGGUGGAGGUAAAGAAAUAAAACAGGGAAUGAAAGUGCUAUGUAUGUAUUGGAUGUAAAAGAAGGAAUUCAUCAACUAACUAGGCUUUAGCAAACUCCCUAAAGGGCGACUGUCUAAAUGUAGUUUGGGAGUAACAGAUAGUUCUGACGUCUCCUUAUCUUUGUUGGGGUUUCAGGCUUUGAUGAGGUUGGUUACAAUUGAAUAAUUAAAUGUCAUUUAACCUGCUUUCACUGAAGUUUGUGAACAUGUCAAACGGAGACAGACGAAACAACAGUAUUCUGACACAUUAUCAUCGGACUGUCACACGGACGUGUUGAAACAGUAUAUUUCUGUAUGUUCCUGACGUUGUUGUGUGUGUUCUGUGCUUGUACUGAACUGUUAAAUGUUCACUGUUCGUACUGUGAUGUACAGAGCUGGCUUCCCUCCCUGGCAUUCUCUCUAUGGCACUGACUCCUGGAUCCGUUAUCACAGCAGGUUGUCAAAUCAGAAAUCAUGAUGUCCCAAUCACUCUGGAGAAAUAACCACAGUGUGCAGGUGCAUUAAGCUCCCUCCCUGUGAGUUCAAACAAAGAAGAAACUCUUUCCUCCCUCCUUGUGUCAUGUCACUAUUUGUUAGUUUGGGACCUGUUCUGGGUUAAACGCAAUUAUGUCUCCAUCUUCGCCCCUGUAAUUUGGUACAGUGUGUGGUGUGCGUGCGUGCAUAUGUACCCUAGAUCUCUGCAUCUCUGUUGUGUUAAAGAUCCUCAGGGUAGAGAUGGUAGUUCUGGUAUUAUGAAGUGGCUGGUUGUGAUAGCAUCUUAAUCUGGUUGAUGUGAGACGGCUAGCAGGCUGAAUGGAAGGAAUACUUUAAAGAGAUUAUUCAGAUUAAGAGAUCACAUCGUUUUAGGUGUGUAAAUAAUCCUACAGAUUACCUACCCAGGUGGAAGUAAAAUGUAUCAAGCUGCUCAAAUGGGGGUGGGCGCUCUAGUCUAGAUAAUCUCUGUUUUCAAAAUUCUAACUCAAUUCAAAUUGCAUGCUAUUGUUUUUUGUUUUAUAUAGUCUGUUCCCUUUUAGGAUGUCUUUGUGUUGACAGUUGACCCAGCAAAUAAGAGCAUUGAGCAGUAUUUAGCAGUACCAGAUAUAUGAGAGGGGUUGGUUAUUAGGCCUGUGUACAGGUAAAGGGACAGUCAGGGAGGACAGGGGAACUGGGCAUUGGGAAUAGUCUAUAUUCUUCUUUCGAUGGUUAUUAGUCGUCACAGUCUCUCCUGUAUGGUGUGAAUCUGACCGGUUCCAAUGAAUCACCUCCUACUCUCCUUCUAGCUUUGAUUUUAGCCCCAAAAAGCAGGUUAUUUUUUCUGGACCAUUUUUCUUUAGGUUGCUGUUGUUUUCCCUGCAUGAUUAUGGACUUUGAAUGACAACAUGUAAUUGUGGGAAGUGUAGACCUGACAGGCUAAAUGACAGCUUCUAACUAAUGUUCUGGGGAGAGAAAUAAACGCAAAACAAUAAGAUAUGAUUCCAGCUCUCUCCCUCACAUUAUCCCUGUGGCGGGGCCAGAACCACACACACACACACACACACACACACACACACACACACACACACACACACACCCACCCAGUGGCCCUGUGUCAGACUAAACAGAGGGAUGAAAGAGGAUGGGAUGAGGGAAGCGAUGGGGGAACGAGAGCGUCCCAGGGUAGAUGAGUGGCACGGAGGUGGACGGGCACAGUGGGGUGUAGCAUGCAAAGGUACUGCUGUAAACACCCUUUAACAACACUAGUCUACCGUUACAAUAAGACAUUUGUGUGUGUGUGCGCCUUUUUGAGCUAUCCUCACCCCCCUCAGGGCAUUGCUGUUAUCGGUGAGGGCAGGACAGACUCAACCCACCCCACCCCAUGAUUGGGUGAUUUAGUUGCAGACCGUAGACAAGAUGAUCCAUCAUGCACACCCUGACUUCCACAUAUACUCUGACUCUCACAUACACACAAAUACACCUGUCUGCCAUGCGUAUUAGAAAUGCCAUCUAAAUCUCAGAUCCGUUUAACAUCAAUACUUCAAUAAAAUACAUUAAAUUGAAAUUUAGAAUACACUUUAGAAUACAAUCUCAGUAAGUCAGCAGGACAGGUAAUGUGUCGUACCUCUUCUUGUGGUGUGUCAAAAGGCAAUGUGAUUAUGGAGAAUGGUAGGAAACCAAACCAACCAUGUUAUUCUAGAUGAGCUGUAUGAGUUUGUGCAAAUUACCCUCUUUUUAUUUAGUUUAAGUGUGUUUGAGUCAAGUUCACCAGUAGCUCCUGAAACUGUUUCUCCAUAAUCCUUCUGAAGCUCUCGUCCCAUACUCUGUUCCACAGGCCUCCUCAGUGGAGCUUAAUGUUCCGAUGUGUCUUUUAGAUAAGUAGAAUCUCAUUUCAACAUGACCCUGUACAACGUAGAGGGUUGUGUAAAAUCCUAUUGAAGAUACUGCGUGUUUCCCCCUCUCCUCCACCUCUUCUCCUUCUCCUUUCAGCGACGAUUUCAUUUCCUCAAUUUAUUCUUCUCUCCCCUAACGUCAUUUAGAGGUGGGUCAGGCUCCGUGUAUUGUUGUCUCCGUGAAAUAUUAAAACACAUUACGUGCAGCUCAGCGGUAACUUCAUUGAUAUAACCGCCCGGAAAGGGAAUUAAUCAAUAAAGACUAACAUUUGACAGUUUAGUAUAACAUAAUCGUCAACACUCCAAACAAGGAUGCAUCCUCAUCACUAACCUUCUUAUCCAAACACUGAUCAAGUUACGGUUGUUUUAGGUACUCUAUAGGUUAGAUAUGACAGGUAAUAGCAGCACAAUGUAUUGUGGAGGUGCCAGUCUCCUAGCUGAGAUGUUGGAUCACUAUAGAUUGUAUUGCAGGCCUGCAGUUGUAUGAUGAUCUUCAUCUUGAAGUCAUGAUUUCAUAUGGCUCCUCUUUCAGUGAACUUAAACUGAACUUGUUUUUGUUCUUUAUUUCCCUGAUGAAAGGAACAGAGCAAAAGCAUGACAAACUUUAGGGAACAUUUGGGGAGUCAGUGAGGCAGAAACAUUAGAGUAAAUCAUUCAGCAUUUUCCAAAUUGGUUCCAAAGAAAUGGGUCUCAUUGUCUCACGUCACAUGCAAUGCUUUUUAUUACAAUCUUCUCGAGCCAGCGUAUCAUUAUGGAGAAAGAUUAACCCGAAAAGGGGAAGAACCGUCAGUUUAUCAGUGUUAGGAUUGUUUUAUUUUCUCUCUGUGUGUCUGUCUGCCUCAGACUUUGACUGGAGCCACUUCUGGUCGUGGAGUCGUUUCGUGGACUACCUGCAGUGUGUGAUGGCGUUCACCCUGCUGGCGGCCUACAUCACCUACCUGCUGCUGGACUCGUCUGUGUUUGUAGAGACCCUGGGCUUCCUGGCUGUCUUCACUGAGGCCAUGCUGGGGACGCCACAGCUCUACUGCAACUACCAGAACAAGAGUACUGAGGGGAUGAGGUGA